AUGUUAAGUCUACAGAGUUACAAAGUAAACGAUGAUGUGGGUGCGGAACAGUUUGAAGACACCAAACAAGCCUUACUGGAGCAGAGAGCUGUUUUGACAAGGGAGAUAACUAUAACAUUGAGAGAUGUCGGCCAUUUUGAGCAUGAGGUUGAGAGAAUCACCUCAGAAGUGACCCAGACAGGAAAGGCUUGGAGAAGGAGGAGUAUUAUAGUCGAGAGGCAGCAGGUGGAGAAAGUGAGGAGGAGGAGGAAACUGAGGGAAAGACACCUGCACUGCAGACUGUUUUCAUGGUUCAAGUAUGAUGGUGGAGAAGUGAGGGAUCUGGCUAGCUGGCCAUCCUUAUACAAGAGUGUACAUCAGUUAUUGCAGUCACCUCCAAGCAGUCCUUCAUCCCAGGUUGAUGUAGAGGAUAUUGAUGAGCCUGGUCCGUCGAUUCAAAGACCACAACAGAGACAAGCAGCAAAAAAACGUACAGUUGCUAGGCGUGGCAAAGGCACAAGUGCUAGAAGAGCUGCCUACAAAGGAAAAAGACCAACUACUAGAACUCGCCGGUCCAAGACACCAGCACUCAGAAACAACAGCGGGAAAGUUUUAGCAAAGCAGAAAGAAGGGAUGAAGAAACAAGUGAGCAAGCUGACCAAGCCUCAACUGCAGGCUGCAAUUACGAGGGCCAUGGAGAUGGAGCCAGGGCUCAUGCUGCUUGUUUUAGCAGCCCCAGCCCCUGGAGGCAACCAACCCGAAGGUGCUGGACCUCAGCCCGAGGAAGGGAAUAUAAUUCCAAGCUGGUGUGUGUACGGAAACUGCCGGGACAUGCCGACACAGAGGGAGAGAGUUUGUUGCCUGUUGCCGCCGGAAAGCUGGUCUUUCUCAUACUGCUGUAAGAAUCUUAAUAAAACUAAAAUUCAACCUUCCCGGAUCCAUAUGGACAAUAUACUGGCUUUGUGCCAAGUAGGGUGCAGUAGGACACACAUUUUGCAUGGUAUCAACAGGGAUGACAAUUUUCCUCCUUUUAGCGGAUUUCGUCUUUUUUUGUACUCAAAACUUUAGCAAUAUUUUUUUUUUGCAUUAAAUCUGAUCUAUGAACAACUGAAUUUAUGUUUAUAGUGUGAUGGCGAUACUUUAUUACUACUAUUUUGUUCAAUUACAAAUAUUAUUGGAUCUGAUCUGUUUUCUUGACAUUUAAAAUGUUCAAAUGUGAUAAUAAAACAUAGUAUGACCAUGAAUUGUUCUGUAUAUUAUUGUCAAUGACUGAUUUUCUUAAUAAAAUUUGUACUGUCUGCUUUCUAAUAUGUUUUUGUUAAUAUUUUCUUUUCUUCUCAAAAAUCUCAUUCAAAUGAUACUCAAGUAAUAUGUCCAUUUGCGUCCAACUUUCACAUUUUCAUGUUUAAGAUGUAACUGA